GAUGACUUUGCUGUUAGGGCCCCCAGGCUCAGGAAAGACCACAUUGUUGUUGGCCUUGGCUGGAAAGCUGGACUCGGAUCUGAAGGUUUCAGGGAGGGUGACUUACAACGGUCAUGGAAUGGAGGAGUUUGUUCCUCAAAGAACAGCUGCCUACAUCAGUCAACAUGAUCUUCACAUAGGGGAGAUGACAGUUCGUGAAACCUUAGCUUUCUCUGCAAGGUGCCAAGGAGUAGGAUCUCGUUAUGAAAUGUUAACUGAGUUAUCGAGAAGGGAGAAGGCAGCUAAUAUCAAGCCCGAUCCUGAUAUUGAUGUCUUCAUGAAGGCAGCUGCAAUGGAUGGACAAAAAAGCAGUGUGGUCACAGACUAUAUAUUAAAGGUCUUAGGAUUGGAAAUCUGUGCCGACACUAUGGUAGGAGAUGAAAUGCUGAGAGGUAUCUCUGGUGGCCAAAGGAAGCGUGUCACAACAGGUGAGAUGCUUGUCGGACCUGCAAAAGCUCUGUUCAUGGAUGAGAUAUCAACCGGUCUAGACAGCUCCACAACAUUCCAGAUAGUUAAUUCACUUAGGCAGUCCAUUCAUAUUCUUGGCGGAACAGCUGUUAUUUCCUUGCUCCAGCCUGCUCCGGAGACAUAUGACCUCUUCGAUGACAUCAUUCUUCUCUCCGAUGGACAAGUUGUGUAUCAAGGUCCUCGUGAACAUGUGCUCGAGUUCUUCGAGUCAAUGGGCUUCAAAUGCCCAGAAAGGAAGGGUGUUGCAGACUUCUUACAGGAGGUGACCUCGAGGAAAGAUCAGCAGCAGUAUUGGGCACGCCACCAUGAAAAUUACCGGUAUGUGCCUGUCAAGGAAUUUGCAGAGGCCUUUCAGUCUUUCCAUGUUGGGCAGGAUAUAGGAAAUGAACUUUCCAUCCCCUAUGACAAGAGCAAGAACCACCCAGCUGCCCUGACAACCUCAAAUUAUGGUGUCAGCAAGGAGGAGCUUUUGAAAGCUAACCUUGCAAGAGAACUAUUACUGAUGAAGCGAAAUUCAUUUGUGUAUAUCUUCAAGGCAACUCAGCUCAUAAUCAUGGCUCUCAUCACAAUGACAAUCUUCCUACGCACCAACAUGCACCGUGACUCUGUAACUGAUGGGGGAAUUUAUAUGGGGGCACUUUUCUUCGGAAUAGUCACAAUCAUGUUUAAUGGGUUCUCAGAGCUUGCGAUGACCAUUCUGAAGCUUCCUGUCUUCUUCAAACAAAGAGAUUUGCUCUUUUAUCCGGCAUGGUCAUAUACAAUUCCAACAUGGAUUUUAAAGAUUCCAAUUUCAUUUGCAGAAGUUGGAGUUUGGGUGUUCACAACUUACUAUGUUAUUGGAUUUGAUCCAAAUGUAGGAAGGCUAUUUAAGCAGUAUCUGCUACUCUUAGCAAUCAAUCAGAUGGCAUCAGCACUCUUCCGGUUCAUUGCUGCACUGGGUAGGAACAUGAUCGUUGCAAAUACAUUUGGAUCCUUUGCGCUGCUUAUUCUUUUGGUUCUGGGUGGGUUCAUCCUGUCGAGAGAGGAUGUGAAGAAAUGGUGGAUAUGGGGUUACUGGAUCUCACCCUUGAUGUACGCACAGAAUGCAAUCUCAACAAAUGAAUUUCUAGGAAAAAGUUGGAGCCAUUCUCUUGGAUCGAAAGAGACACUAGGAGUGCUUGUCUUAAAGUCUCGUGGUGUCUUUCCCGAGGCAAAAUGGUACUGGAUUGGUUUUGGCGCCUUGAUUGGAUACGUAUUGCUAUUCAAUGCUCUUUUCACCGUGGCUCUCACCUAUCUCAAGCCAUUUGGGAAAGCUCAGCCAGCUAUGUCGGAAGAGACAUUAAAGGAAAAACAUGCAAAUUUAACUGGGGAAGUAUUAGAAUCAUCAUCCAGAGGGAGGAACUCUGUAGAUCAUUUCGCAUCCGGAAAUGGUGCUGAUGAGAUGAGAAGGAGCAAUACCUCAUCAAAUUCCACAAAUGAAGUGGUUAAUUCAAAUCAGAACAAGAAGGGAAUGGUCCUUCCAUUUGUACCACUUUCCAUUACCUUUGAUGAUAUAAGAUACUCCGUGGACAUGCCACAGGAAAUGAAAGCACAAGGUGUAACAGAAGAUCGAUUGGAACUCCUUAAGGGGGUGAGUGGGUCUUUCAGGCCAGGAGUGCUAACAGCUCUAAUGGGCGUUAGUGGAGCGGGUAAGACGACAUUGAUGGACGUAUUGGCUGGGAGAAAAACAGGUGGAUAUAUAGAGGGAAACAUCACCAUAUCUGGCUACCCAAAGAAGCAAGAAACUUUUGCUCGAGUAUCAGGAUAUUGUGAACAAAAUGAUAUCCACUCUCCGCACGUGACAGUCUACGAGUCUCUUGUAUACUCUGCAUGGCUUCGAUUGCCUUCUGAGGUUGACUCUGCAACAAGAAAGAUAUUCAUUGAAGAGGUCAUGGAGCUGGUAGAGCUGACAUCAUUGAGGGAUGCACUGGUUGGAUUACCUGGAGUGAAUGGGCUAUCGACCGAGCAGCGAAAGAGGCUGACGAUUGCUGUGGAGCUUGUUGCUAACCCCUCUAUAAUAUCCAUGGAUGAACCAACCUCCGGACUCGAUGCACGGGCUGCUGCAAUUGUUAUGAGGACUGUAAGGAACACUGUGGACACUGGGAGGACAGUCGUGUGCACCAUUCACCAGCCUAGCAUCGACAUAUUUGAAGCUUUUGAUGAGCUCUUCCUGAUGAAGCGAGGAGGAGAAGAGAUAUAUGUAGGUCCACUGGGGCGCCAUUCUUGCCAUCUUAUUAGUUAUUUUGAGGGAAUUGAAGGUGUCAGUAAGAUAAAAGAUGGUUAUAAUCCUGCCACAUGGAUGCUGGAAGUGACGACGUUGGCCCAAGAAGAGAUACUAGGGGUUAAUUUCAGCGAAGCAUACAAAAAUUCUGAACUGUAUCAGAGGAACAAGAAUUUGAUAAAGGAAUUAAGUACACCACCUCCUGGUUCAAGUGAUCUUUACUUCCCAAGUCAGUAUUCGCAAAACUUCUUCACACAAUGUAUGGCUAACCUAUGGAAACAGAACCUAUCAUAUUGGAGGAAUCCUCCAUACACUGCAGUGAGGUUCUUCUUCACAACAAUCAUAGCCUUGUUGUUUGGGACUAUUUUCUGGGACCUUGGCACUAAAAGGAAUAGUCAGCAGGAUUUGUUUAAUGCAAUGGGUUCCAUGUAUGCUGCCGUUCUCUUCCUUGGGGUGCAGAAUGCUUCGUCCGUUCAGCCAGUCGUGGCUAUCGAACGAACUGUAUUUUAUAGAGAAAGAGCAGCUGGAAUGUAUUCAGCCUUGCCAUAUGCAUUUGGACAGGUUGCAAUCGAAAUUCCAUACAUCUUGAUCCAGUCUUUGAUUUAUGGUGUAAUAGUAUAUGCAAUGAUUGCGUUUGAAUGGACGGCAGCUAAAUUCUUCUGGUACAUGUUCUUCAUGUACUUCACAUUGCUUUACUUCACAUUUUAUGGAAUGAUGGCGGUAGGCUUGACCCCCAACCAAAACAUUGCUUCAAUAGUUUCC